AUGUCAGCCUCAUUAGGCGCAGGCUUGACUACGCUUUCGAGACCCAGGAUAGCCGUUGUCCUGGUCACUGUCCUGGCAAGUGUGUAUGGUAUUUACUACCUACACAGUAGCAGCGAUGGCACCGAAACGACCGCAGAGCCUAUUACAUCGUCUGGGCCUGGACUUCACCGUACCAACGCAAUUCGCCGUCGCCACCGACGACCAAUGCCCCGAACUGGCGAUGGUGCUGAGGACAACCCAGACACAUCCCACGAUGAGUCCGACGAUACUGAUGGUGAAAGCGCGCCAGUGGUUCUGAGACCCCUUACCGAUGGCGAAACGUUAGUCGACGAGGCCGCAUUUGACGAAUUCGACGAUCCCUUGUGGAACCGACAGCGCGCUGGACAGCAUAUGGUACAACUGCUAUUUCGAAUAUCCGAAGAUGCUACAAAACGAAACGCAUAUGUUCAUCGUGGGACGCUAUGUAAUGCUUGCGGAGUUGUUCCAAUCCGCGGUAUUAGGUAUCGCUGUGCAAACUGUGCGGACUAUGACCUCUGUGAAUCCUGUGAAUCCCAAGGCCACCACUACAGGACACACGUUUUCUACAAGAUUCGAGUUCCUAUAUCCAACUAUGCACCGAGGCAAUUGCAGUCGGCGUUUUAUCCUGGUGACCCAGACACUGCCGUCAAGAUGUUGACGCGCGAACUCACGACAAGGCUCACAAGAGAGACAGGCCUAGAUCGGCCCGAAAUCGAGGCCUACUGGGAGCAGUGGACAUAUAUGGCAAACACAGAAUGGCGCGACGACCCAGACGGACUUUUUCUGGCCAUGGACCGACGAACAUUUGACCGCUGCCUCGUUCCGUCGGACGGAAACCGCUAUGCGGCGCCGAAUCUCAUACACGACCGCAUGUUCGCAUUCUACGACCAAAACAACGACGACUUAAUCAGUUUUCCAGAAUACUUACAAGGGCUGGCGUUUCGGAAAAGCAAGAACAAGCUCAGAAGGGUAUUUGAUGGGUACGACAUCAACGGAGACGGAUUCGUCGAUAGAAAAGACUUUCUACGGAUGUUCCGAUCGUAUUACGUUUUAUUCAAGAAUAUGCGGAAAGAUAUGCUGGACAGUAUGGAUGAGCAUGCAGUUAAUAGUGUUGAAGCACAUCAACUUGUCCACAGCAGGCAACCCCUGAGUAGUGCCUUUGGCCGUGAUGGUCGAUUCGGACGUGCUUCAAAUCCACGUUCUCCUGGGGAAGGGAAACAGCCCAAUCCAGACGGCGACCUCGAAAUCGUUGAUGGUAAAGGGAUUGUAAAUCCAAGCGGCGACGACCACGGCGACAAAGAAGACGUAUUUAGAGACCCCCUCGGUCGGGCCAUGAACGAUUUCCCACCGAACGGGACUGGUAACUACUGGGGAGUCGUGUCAUCUCCACCGCCCACGCUGGAAACCUUGCAAAGCAGAGUGUUGGAAAAUAUUUUGUCAAGUCGGAGUCAGCAGGAGAGUACUCCACCCCGGAACGAACGAUCUGAAAAUCAGGAGCUAGCAGACGAAAUUAAUGUGAACUGGCCCCCAGGAAUUGUUGAGCCUUGCGAUGUAUCCGAAGUCCUCGGUAUGGAUAUGCCGCUCGAUCAGGUGCCUCUGAGCCAACGAGCUAAAAUUAUAGACGAGGCUUCAAGACGAGUGCUGCGCAACGCCCAUAUGGAGCAGGAGGCAAUUACUAAUGACCGCAUGCAUGAGCGGUGGAGGAGGCGCCAGUUUUAUACUGAUGAAGAGGAGGGAGUAGAGGCACCUUCGGACUGGAAAAUCGAAGAAGACGUCCCUCUUGGUGAGACGAAGUCGGAGGAUGCUCCUCAAAUACCUGCCCCAUCUCCUCGCUCACGAUCGUCGUCGAAGGUUCGGUUUGCAGAAGACAUGGACGACUACGAAACCAGAUCGAACCCAUCAACGUCAUCGCGCAGUGUUCCGGAGCGUUGGGGUGGAAUGGAGAUACCUGACGCAGAGAAGGACGCAGGAAAAGAUGUCUUAUACCAAGUCGCCCAACAGGCGUUCAAUGAACUUCUCGACAACCUGUUUAAAAAUGCAGAGGAUGCUGCUAUUGCUUCGCUUUCGUCUAAGAAGACCAGAGCCCUACACCACCAUUUAUUUACAAAUGUAUAUUUUAAAUGGUGGGCUGAGCAGGUUGACAUGAUUUACGCCGAGAAAAACGACAAAGAAUCUGAUGAUUCGGAUAAGAAGAGCCUCGAGGCUGAACUUGCACAUCACAUGCAAAGGGAAAUCAGGUUAUGGAAUGAAGAGCCGAACAACACAGGUGUCGAGAUAGAGGAGACGCGCGAGGCCCCUCUAGAUGUACUGCUCGCUGCAUCAGGAUAUUCAGUCGAACACGGCACCGCAGCCACUGAAUCUGGUGCUACCCCUGAUGAAGAUAUAGCAGUACAUGACGCCUCGUCACCCGAAAGUCAAAGUUUGGAUACACCAGUCGAUGAGCACCACCGUGACCUCCUGGAAGUCCUCCGCGACCCUAUCCCAGACCAAACAGAACCCCCGUUGCCCACCGACGAGGACGACUUCACAGAUAUGUUGCAAUCAUAUCGUGAUCCAACCCUACCCCAAUUCCGGCCUUCAGCCGCAUCGCCUCCCGCCUCCAAUCCACCACCCCCAGAACCCCAAGACAUACCACUACCCACAACCGAAACCUCCGAACCAUCUCACCGCGAAGGCAGCGACCGCUCAAACAACGAACGCUCGCGCACCUCCAAACGAGGCAGCAAAGCGCACCGCAGCCGCGCUAAGAACUCUACUGAGUCCUCUCCGCCAAACCCUGAGAAAACUCCACUCCGCGACCUGCAAAAGGAGCUUCUCACCGAGAUGAAAGCCGACGCUACUGUACCGACCGAAGUCCACCGCAGCCUUGCGAAGUGGGACUGGAUGGCACUGUACAAGCUGCACGAGAUGGAGAGUACAGAGGCCAAGGCGCGGACGCGUGGUGGAUGGGGCCGGAUCGGCUGGGUCGAGUUCGAGGAUAUCGUGCGCCUGCGGGAUGCGGCGUGGCGGGCCGAGAAGCGGGAGUUGAAGGAGGCGGGGAAGGCACAGGCGGGGACGAGGAUCAUGAAGAGGGAGGAGGAUGUGGAGAGGAUGGUGGAGUAUCUGGGGAGCUGGAUUGAGAUGUGUAUCCCGGGAUAA